AUGCACAAAACUAGGCCUGAAUCCCAGAAUGACCUCCCUGAAGAUUUCUUCAGCCCCAUGCCCUUGGACGUUGCCAACAUCACAACCCUAAGCCCUUUCCUGGUACCUCAGACUCACCUGGGUAGUCCAGGUCUCUUUAUGGGCAUGGCUGCCUUUAUGUUCUUACUGAUUGUACUUGGGGUGCCCAUCAAUGUCCUCACCAUCUUCUGCACCUUCAAGUACAAGAAGCUCCGAUCCCACCUCAACUACAUCCUGGUCAACCUUGCUGUGUCAAACUUACUUGUGGUCUGUGUUGGAUCUACUACUGCCUUCUACAGCUUCUCCCAGAUGUACUUCGCCCUGGGUCCUACUGCCUGCAAGAUAGAGGGCUUUGCUGCAACACUGGGUGGUAUGGUGAGCUUAUGGUCUCUGGCAGUUGUGGCCUUUGAACGAUUCCUGGUCAUUUGCAAACCCCUGGGAAACUUCACCUUCAGGGGUACUCAUGCCAUCAUCGGUUGCAUCAUCACAUGGGUUUUUGGCUUGGUGGCUGCCGUACCACCACUGUUGGGCUGGAGCAGGUAUAUCCCCGAGGGACUGCAGUGCUCCUGUGGACCUGACUGGUAUACAACAAACAACAAGUGGAACAAUGAGUCAUAUGUGUUGUUCCUCUUCAGCUUUUGCUUUGGAGUGCCACUCUCCAUUAUUGUGUUCUCCUAUGGCCGUCUUCUCCUCACCCUGCGUGCUGUUGCCAAGCAGCAGGAGCAGUCAGCCACAACGCAGAAGGCUGAGAGAGAGGUGACCAAGAUGGUAAUAGUGAUGGUGAUGGGUUUCCUGGUGUGCUGGCUGCCUUAUGCCUCCUUUGCAUUGUGGGUAGUGUCGCACCGUGGAGAGCCCUUUGAUGUUCGCCUGGCCUCCAUCCCUGCUGUCUUCUCCAAGGCCUCCGCUGUUUACAACCCCGUCAUUUACGUCUUCAUGAACAAGCAGUUCCGUUUCUGCAUGCUGAAGCUUGUCUUCUGUGGCAAGAGCCCUUUUGGUGAUGAGGAUGACGUUUCAGGUUCCUCACAAGCCACCCAGGUUUCCUCAGUGUCCUCCAGCCAGGUGUCCCCAGCAUAA